AUGAGAGUAAGGGAAAGAUUUCAACAAGAUUCAUUCAAAUUAAAUUACAAUUCUAAAACGAUCAGUUUCACCAAUUCACAAUGGCUACAACAAUUAUUAUCCAUUGCAGUACGUUUAAAUAAUGCUACAAAUAUUCACGAAAACAUAUCACCUUCAGAUAAAAUUACCACUAUUCAUAAUAGUAUUGACAAUGGAACAGUACCAACCACUACUGGUUGUAUUAUAUUAGAAUUAUAUGAUAAAAAUCCUAUAUUUCUUUAUGAUCAAGAAGAUUUUCAUGAUAUUGAUUAUUCUGUAUUAAAAAUGCAAAUAAUUGUUUGGACACAAAAAUAUAUAAAACCAGAUGAUUUAUUUAUGGAUUGGUUUGAAACAGUCAAUCGACAAAUUCAUUACAAUAAAAAAGGUUAUAACAAAAAAGAGAAUUCAAUAAAUCGUGAUCAUGAAUUAUCAAUUACUAAUGUGACAUAUUGUACUGAAAAUUUGAGAGGUUUAAUGAUUGAUCAUAAUCAUAAUAACCAUAUAUUUGAUGGAUUAAAUAAUUAUGAUUUAAAUCAUGAUAUGCAAAAUGCCAAGAAUGAAACAAAGUCUGAUAAAUAUGGUGGAAAUGAAGUGCAAAUUUUAAUUGUGAUUACUCUUUGUUCUGUGCUCAUUAUUUGCUUUCUGAUGGCUGUUAUUUUACGUAUUAGAAGCUUUUGUAAACGUCAAACAGAAUCAAGAAAACAAAUGCGCAACGAUCGUGAUUCAGCGUUACAAAUCAAUUUUCCAUAUGAUGUUAAUGAAAUACAAGUUGCAGAUAAACUACCUGUACCGAGUACAACAUAUGGCAGUAAUACACAUCCUGGACUAACUAAAAAAAGAAUUGGUAUUUACAGAUAUAAUCGUAUACCACAACCACAAUAUAAUUCAAUGCAAAAUUAUAACAGAGUAUUUAAUGCUCAAACAUAUCAACCAUCUACUGUUUUUCUGAUCGGCUGUCAAGACACCGAUCAUUCUAAAGAAUCGCAUAAUAAAUGGCUAACAAAUCAUGAAUUACAUCGUCAAUAUUUAUUACAUUCUAGAAAAUCAGAAAAUUUCAUUGAUCCAUUUCAAAUUCAAAUUUCAAAUUUCAAAUCUCAUUUAAAAUCUUUUAAAAAUUUAAAUGAAAAUCAAAAUCAAACAAAAAAACAAGUUUAUCAUUUGAAUAAAUCAAUUCAACGAACUAAUAGUUUUUAA